UUAUGUGUCUGUAGUUGUCUUAUAUGGAGACUAUAGAUCUAGUCUCUAAACAAACAGGUUCAUAGUAUAAUAUGGAUAUUAUCUACAAUGAGAUGGAUUUCAUAUUCUCUCGUUAUAAGACAAUAUUGCACUCCCACUCUUCUUACUCAUCUCCUUCUGAUGCACAGAGAAGCCAUGGAAGAGGGGCUACUAGCUCUAUCAGGGUCAAAAUCCAAUAUCAAUGGAGCUUCAGGUGUUGUGGUUCUGAGCACAUUGGUCGCUCUCUGUGGUUCCUUCAGCUAUGGAUGUGCUUUUGUAGAUAGGAUACUCAUCAUCUGCUAGAUCAGGAUUUGUGGAAGACUUGGGCCUUACUGUUGCAGCAGUAAGUACUAGUAUUUUCAGAUUAUUUGUUUCUUUUGUUCUUUUGCAUUUGAUGGACUUUCUUGUGAUCGUUUUAGUACUCAAUUUUCGGUUUAACAAUGACGAUUGGAGGAAUGAUUGGUGCAUUAAGAAAUGGGACGAUAACGGAUCUCGAGUCGUAGAGGCACAAUGUGGUUUUUUUGAAAUACUUAGUGCUGCAAGGUGGCUCACUAUAGCAUUUGCACAGAAUGCUUGGUGCCUGGAUUUAGGACGGUUGUCAGUGGGAUUUGGCGUCGAAAGUAGGUAGUAAGAAAAAGAACUUGGGAGGAGAAGGUUCGACUCUCUUCACCGUACUCUUUUUUCAGUUUUCUUUUUCCUUUAUCUCGCUUAAUUAACAAUCCCUUUACUGUCAAUUCAAGGUUUACAAUAGAGGAAACCAGGGAUUGCAGAAGUGCUUGUGGGAGGCCAAGCGGUGUUUGAGAUUAAGGUGGAGGAAUGGGAGCAGUAAAGUCCUAAACCAUUUAGAACGUGAAUACCUUCUGGAAGAUUUGAACAAUUACAGGGUGAGUUGGAAUGUUGGUUGCUUAUGCAUCUCUAUUUUUAGCGUUGAAUUUAUAAACAUGUGUUGGGUUCAACUGGUUUGAUUAUAGGUGAUCUGUUGAUUUAGAGUUGGAAUGAAUUAUAGAGGGUGUUGCCAAAAGCUUAAUUGAAUUACAUGGGUUGUUGAUAAAGUAGUUGAUGCUAGCGUCAUAAUUGUGCAUGUAAGCUAAUAGUGUUCUUGGCUUUUCAGACCUUAUAUAUACAGUAGUUGAUGCUCCUAACUCUGUGAUUACAUCCUAUUGCCGCCUAAGACUAGGUAAACU